AUGAAGAAAAGUAAAUCCAUUCAGUGUGGAAAGUACUUCAAAUAUAGAUCACAGCUUCUUGUGAACCAAAGGGUACACAGAGGAGAGAAACCUUCAAAGCAUGGAAAGAAAUUGAGUCAGAGUAAUAAUCUUCAACAGCAAAGAAUACACAAAGAGAAAAAAGGUUUUGAAUGUUUAGAGUGUGGAAAGAAAUUCAGUCGGAGUGGUCAUCUUCAAUCACACCAAAGAACCCACACAGGAGAAAAACCUUUUGAAUGCACAGAGUGUGGAAGGAAAUUCAGUUACAGUUCCAAUCUUCAACGGCAUCAAACAUCCCACACAGGGGAGAAACCUUUUGAAUGCUCAGAGUGUGGGAAGAGAUUCCGUCUGAGUUUCAAUCUUCAACAGCAUCAAAGAUCCCACACAGGAGAGAAACCUUUUGAUUGCUCAGUGUGUGGAAAGAGAUUCAGUCGCAGUGGCAGUCUUCAAAUGCAUCAGAGAACCCACACAGGGGAGAAACCUUUUGAAUGCUCAGAGUGUGGAAAGAGAUUCUGUGAGAGUUCCAGCCUUCAAAAGCAUCAUAGAACCCACACAGGAGAGAAACCUUUUGAAUGCCCAAAGUGUGGAAUGAGAUUCAGUCGCAUUGGCAGUCUUCAAGUGCAUCAGAGAACCCACACAGGGGAGAAACCUUUUGAAUGCACAGAGUGUGGAAGAAAAUUCAGUCACAGUUCCAAUCUUCAACGGCAUCAAAGAUCCCACAAAGGGGAGAAACCUUUUGAAUGCUCAGAGUGUGGAAAGAGAUUCCAUCUGAGUUUCAAUCUUCAACAACAUCAAAGAACCCACACAGGGGAGAAACCUUUCGAAUGCUCAGAGUGUGGAAAGAGAUUCAGUCGCAGUGGCAGUCUUCAAAUUCAUCAGAGAACCCACACAGGGGAGAAACCUUUUGAAUGCUCAGAGUGUGGAAAGAGAUUCAGUCACAGUGGCGGUCUUCAAAUGCAGCAGAGAACCCAUACAGGGGAGAAAGGUUUUGAAUGCAGAGUGUGGGAAGAUAUUCAUUGA